AUGUCUGAGCCUUUGUACUGGCUGUUCCUCAUGUCUGGAAAGUACACCUUCCUCACCACUGACUCUGUUGUUGCUGUUCAGUUCCUGACCUUUUCACCCCUCGCCUCCCCACCCACUGGUGCUUCUUCGCCCACCUCUCCCCCUCCUUGUCCUCCUUUCUGUCUCCUACUUUCCUCUGUCCCCGGGAAGGGGAAGGGGUGGAGGGGGCCCAGGGGCAGGUGUAUCAGCCCCCCUCCACCCGUGCCCCGGGGUACUGACCUCCACCCCCAAGGGCCAACACCCCCCUCCCUGGAGGAGGGCCCUCCGGCGCUGCCCCUUCCCUCCCCUCCCCCCAGCUCCGGGCUCCCCCGUCCUAGGCCGCUGACCCCGCGGCCCGCGUUACUAGAGGGCGGACCCCGGGCCCGUCCCCGCUCCCGGCUCCGCACGCGGCCGGUCGGUUUCCGGCGGAGGCCGCGCUGUCACAGGGAGGCGGUGCUGGGAGCGGAGCGGGCCGGGCCGCUGUCUGGGCUGCGGCGGCAGCGGGGCAAGAUGCAGGCAGAACGCGGGGCCCGGGGAGGACGGGGGUGGCGGCGGCCAGAGCGGGACCGUGAUCGGCCGGGUCCGGGGCCUGAGCCGGGGCCCGGCGCGGCUGCGAGAGGCGGCGGCGACGGAGGCGGCGGCGGCGGCCGAGGCGGCUGGGACCGAAGCCGAGGCCGAGGCCGAGGCCGGGGCAGCCGCGGGGGCCGGGGAGGCCGGGGAGGCGGUGGCGGCGGUGCGGUGCACAGGCCCCAGCGGGGCGGCCGCCGGGAGCAGCGAGGCCGGGGCGCGGGGCCCAGUGAGCUGGUGGAAGGUGAUGAUGCUGAAACCUAUGAAGAAGAGAACAAUGAAUGGGGAAAUUAUUCCAGAAGAAAGAUUGUCUCUAACUGGGAUCGAUAUCAAGAUUUUGAGAAAGAAGCAGAAAAUGAAAGUGCAGAAUCACAAAGGGGGACCGAUUUCAGUGUCCUGCUUAGCUCUGCGGGUGACUCCUUCUCACAGUUUCGUUUUGCAGAAGAAAAAGAAUGGGAUACUGAAGCUUCAUCUCCUAAACAAAUCUCAGCCCUUUAUGUGGACUAUGAGUCACUGGUCCAAGCCCUUCAAGAACUGCCUCUGUCACUCCGGCUGAAUGUGGCUGCUGAGUUAGUCCAGACUACAGCUCCUCUAGAGCUUCCCCAGAUGAAACCAAAGAAAAUGGAAGAUGGCAAGGGGCUGGGUAUGCAGAUAAGACGGCCCUUGGGGCCAGGCUCUGAUGUGAUCUCUGAUGCUGCCAACUGUCCAGUGCCCAUGGGUAAAGAUGGACCUAGGCCAGGCUCUUCGGAAGCUUUUCAGAAAAUCACUCCACCACUGCAGCAAACUGUCGACCACCUAGAUGAAGAACUUGAUCUGCUGCUAAAUUUAGAUGCUCCAGUAAAAGAGGAAGAUAACACUCUAACAGCUCAGACAUAUGAAGAUCCCAAAGCCAAAAAAGAUGGAAAGAUGAUCCAAGAGGAAAAUGUUCCUGAAAAACUCUCUGCGACUGAAGAAAAGAGUUUGGAAUCUGAGCAACCACCAUGUACGUCCAAAAAUGUUACUGAGGAAGAGCUUGAAGAUUGGCUGGACAGCAUGAUUUCUUAAAGUAAAAAAUGUGUGCAGGGCUGGAGCUAUCCUGUUAUUUAUGGAUGGAUUAAAGGGAGAGACAUGAAUGAGGCAAUCCUUCAGGAAGAGCUAUUUAUAGCACACCCCCAAAUCAGCAUUUCAGCAUGGUUAUGGUAGUAUGCCUCCCUCUAUAUUUCAGACAACAAUUGGCAUAAUAAAUUACAGAGGUUCAUUCCAAUCAUUCUUUCUGGCAUAGUAUUCUAAUAACCCAACUUUCUUAAGCAAGUGGAAUGCUGUCCCCCAUCCCAUGGGCUUCCCAUUUGCUAAGAGUAAAAUCCAGGUUCCAUCUAGUCCCCAGUGUUUAUUUGCAGCAAAUUAGCUGCUGCUGAAUAACAGGAUGUGACAAGAACAAGGUAUGAUUGGUACCUGUAUGCAUUUGGGAAAAAUAAAUUAUAAAUGCUGGUAAAACUA